UGUCACUGUCUGUGGCUCAGACUGGCUUAGACCACAAUCAAACCACGGUCAGGACAAGAACAAAGACAAGAACAAAGCGUCGACAGAAGAAAGAAGAAAACAGGCUAAUUGGAUACGGAACAGUCAUCAUCUUGAUCGGCUGAUCUGAUCACUCCAUUCAUCUUCAUCUUCUACUAUGCUUAGAGAUCCUUCUUUAUCUUCACUUCUCUCGCUUCUAUUUCUACUUCCGACUUCUUGACUUCAUCUUGAACUUCUCUGUCUCUUCGGAGGACUUUUUUGUGCAAGACUCCUACAUCCUAAUCAGUCCCUAAUCUCUCCUACGCCAUCACGGACAUGCCAACUCCACGCGCGAUCGCAUCGACCCCACCAUGAGUUCCUCUCUAGAAGCAAAGAUAGUGGUUCUCGGCGCACAGGGCGUCGGAAAAACCUCCCUCGUCCACCGCUACGUCAAGAACGCCUUCACCCCAACCACAACUCCCUCCACCGUCGGCGCCUCCUUCAUCACCAAGCGCGUCCUCGACAGCGCCUCCGACACCCUGGUCCGUCUCCAGAUCUGGGACACCGCCGGCCAGGAGCGCUUCCGCAGCAUCUCGCGACUCUACUACCGCGGCGCAAACGCAUGCCUGCUAUGCUACGAUAUCACCAACGAGCAGAGCUUCCAGGAGAUGACCGGCUGGCUGGUCGAGCUGAAGCGGAAUCUCGACGACAGCGACGGCGGCGCCCCGCUCGUCAUCCAUGUUGUCGGUACGAAGUCGGAUAUCGUCGCACUUGACCCCGCCUGUCGUCGUGUGCCGUUUGAGCGCACGAUCGCUUACGUCGCGGACCAGCUAUAUCCGUCGCGCGCGUCGACCCCGCCUCCAUCGGCCGGCGUCUUCUCGUCGAGCGCCUCGUUGGGUAUGAUGGGUAGUGCUGGCACUGGCGGCGGGGACAGUAAGCGGAGUAGUGGCUUUUGGGGCCAGGAUAUCGGGUGGGAUUGUUGCCAUGAGAUUAGUGCCAAGGAUGGAGAGGGCAUCGAGGAGGUCUUCCGGGUUAUUACGCGCAAGCUGGUCGAGCAGCAGAGAUAUCGGAGGGAUAUGGGUUCUGGUGCUGGUGGUGGUGGUUCUGCUGCGGGGUCCUUGGGCUCGGCGAGUGGUGGUGCGGAUGGGUCUACGGGGUGGGGUGGGCAUCUCACCCACGGGGUUGGGGGCGGGACGAGCGAUGGGCAUGGGAGCUUUAGGCUGGGGUAUGCGGAUAAGAGACGUACUUGGUUGGGGUUUCCACCGAGUAGUGUGGGGGAUGAGGGGGGAGAGGAAGUGGAGAUUGUGAAGCCGAAGGGGAGGUGUUGUUGAUUUGCUUCAUUCUUCCUUUUCUUUUCCCUUUCGCCUUCCCUUUGACUUGAAUUCUCGUUUUGAUUCCCUCUUUUGACACCCCCUCUGACGGACUGAGAUCGAUCAGAUUGCAUUUCUGUUACUUGACUGACCGCGCCAGUGUCUACCGGUGUUCAUUCUUAUCUUCCCAGCAUAUGUAGAUGCAUGUGCAUAUCCUGUUGCUUUGUUUGCAGGAAAGAGACAGUUACACGGCAGAAACAGUCGGGUCAAGCAAAAACAGAACACCAGAUACCAGAUCUGGAUGGUUAUUACUGUGGUCUCGGUGUUUGGCCUAGGACUCGAGUUAGAUGCUAUUAUGAAG